AUGACCUUUCUACCCCACUGUAACAGCGACAAGAUUCUUAUAGCAAACCGCGGCGAGAUAGCUGUGCGCAUUGCGAGAGCUGCGCGAGAGCUCUCGCUUCCAUCAAUUGCUAUCUAUGCUCACGAGGAUCGUUAUUCGGAUCACUAUCGAGCUGCGGACGAGGCCUAUCUCCUAGGCGAAGCAGGUGAACUUGGACCACGACAUCCAGGUUACGGAUUCUUAGCUGAAGACUCAAAUUUUGCGCGCGCGAUUGAGGAAGCUGGCCUAACAUUUGUCGGGCCUCCUGCCGACGUUCUAGACGGAUUCGGAAAUAAGAUAUCGGCUCGUAGGCUAGCAACGGAGUGCGACGUCCCCACAAUUCCGGGCUUAAACCACGCUGUUUCAGAGCUCUCGGAGAUAGAAGACUUCGUUUCGAAACAUGGAUUCCCCGUGAUAAUUAAAGCAUCACAUGGCGGUGGUGGUCGCGGACAACGAAUACUUUACGGAGACCCUUCGGAAGACAUAGCCAACAUCCUCUCCGAAGCACGCUCGGAAGCUAAAGAUUCAUUUGGCGUCGACGCAGUAUUUGUCGAAAAAUUCCUACCUAGCCCAAAACACAUCGAAGUCCAAAUUUUGGCCGACAAACAUGGCAAUGUUGCUCAUCUGCUCGAGCGGGAUUGUACAAUCCAGCGAAUGCACCAGAAGAUCGUUGAGUUUGCCCCGGCUGUUUCCGUUUCUAAGGAAACGCGACAAAAAAUGCAUGAUGCGGCCGUGAGAUUAUCGAAAUACGUUAAAUAUGAAAAUGCCGCGACUGUCGAGUUCCUAGUGCAGGGCGACGACUUCUACUUCAUCGAAGUCAAUCCGCGAAUUCAGGUGGAGCAUACAGUGACCGAACAGAUUCUCAACGUUGACCUAGUCCAAGCACAAAUACGCAUCGCACGGGGCGCAUCUCUUACAGAUCCUGUAUUGGGUAUUGACUUGGCUCCUGAAACCCGUAGCGUUGCGAUUCAAUGCCGUAUCACAUCAGAGCAACCUUCAUUAGGUUUCGUCCCAAGUUGCGGGACGAUCACUCAUGCCCAGCUUCCUGGUGGACCGGGUGUGAGGAUCGACGGGUACAAUUUAUUUGCGGGUGCUGAAGUUACACCCCACUAUGACCCCUUGCUAUUCAAAUGCAUUGUCCAAGCAAAUGACUUGCAGCAUGCAAGUGCUAAGAUGCUCGGUGCAUUGAACGCUACCCAGAUCGCCGGCGUAGAAACAAAUAUAGACCUACUACGACGCAUCCUGGAAGAUCCACGAUUUGUUAAGCAGGAAUUCUUUACACGAUCUCUAGACAGCGACGUCAUUUUGACUAAGCCUUCGGAACAGAAUGAAGACCCAAGUGAUCAAAAGCUCAUCUCAUUUUUCGCUGAGAGUCUAAUUAACGGGACGCAAAUUCAGGGUCAAAUUGGUAAACCAGAGUCUUUAAGAGAAAUCGAAUUACCUAUAUUGAAGGAAAGCAACUCGCGAAAGCUUCUUCAUAAUAACGUACGCCAUUCGGACGGUUGGCGUAGUGUUCUUCUAGCAGAAGGCCCAAAAGCCUUUGCUCAACAAGUUCGGAGACAUCCGCGUAUUCUUCUCUCGGAUACGACAUGGCGAGAUGCGCAACAGUCUCUCUUAGCAACACGUAUUCGUACUGUUGACUUUGCGAAUAUCGCACCGGCUACGAAUGUCGCGUAUCGGCAAGCGUACAGUCUCGAAUGCUGGGGUGGAGCAACAUUUGAUGUUGCUUUGAGAUUCUUGCAUGAGGAUCCGUGGAAACGACUAGCAACUCUCCGUAAACUUGUUCCAGAUGUGCCAUUUCAAAUGUUAUUGCGAAGCGUUAGCGGCCUUGCAUACUCAGCGGUACCGCACAAUUUCCUAGAGUAUUUUGCUUCCCAAGCAGUGGAAAAUGGAAUUGAUAUAAUCCGGGUCUUUGACGGCCUAAAUGAUGUAGCCAAUCUUACGGUCGCUAUUGACGCGUGUUUACGCGCUGGCGCAGUAGUUGAAGCUGCGAUUCUAUAUACUGGAGAUAUGUUAGAUCCAGAUUGCAAGUAUUCGCUCAACUACUAUAUCGACCUUAUAGAUUCCUUAGUGGCAACGGGGGCGCAUAUAAUUGCAAUCAAAUCCAUGUCUGGUGUGAUGAAACCCGAAGCGGCUAGGCUAUUGGUUGGUGCAAUUCGAUCCCGCCACCCCUUCCUCCCAAUCCAUGUUCAUACCCACGAUGCAGCAGGAACCGGUGUGGCUACUAUGCUUGCAUGCGUUGAGGCUGGAGCUGAUAUAAUCGACGGUGCAACGGAUAGUAUGUCCGGCACAACGGCUCAGCCUGCCAUGAGUGCUCUUAUUGCUAGCCUUAUGGGCAGAAAGGACGAAGGAGAACUAGACCUGGACCAUGUCCGUGCUGUUGACAGCUACUGGGCUCAAUUGCGUCUCCUAUAUGCUGGAUUUGAUGCCAAGAUCUCUGGGCCAGACCCGGAUGUGUAUCUCCACGAAAUCCCAGGUGGUCAGCUGACUAAUCUCAUGUUCCAAGCCCGCGAGCUUGGACUGAGCAACCAAUGGAAGGAGACUAAAGCAGCGUUCAUCGCUGCGAAUCUCCUGCUUGGAGAUAUCAUCAAGGCCACGCCUACUUCUAAAGCUGUUGCCGAUCUAGCACAGUUUAUGGUCAAUUCCAAUCUCAGCCAGGAAGAUGUUCUCACCCGUGCGGGUUCACUAGACUUCCCAGACUCAGUCCUCGAUUACUUCGAGGGCUUGAUGGGCCAGCCUUUCGAUGGCUUUCCAGAACCUUUCCGUACUCAGGUCUUGGCUCGUGCUGGAAGGAAGAAAAUUGAAGGCCAAGCAUCUGCUCGCCUUCCGCCAGUUGACUUGGAGAACGUUAAGCAGAAGCUGACAGCAAAAUAUGGCGACUCGAUCACCGAGACUGACGUGUGCAGCUAUGUCAUGUUUCCUGAUGUCUUUACUGAGUACCGCACAUACUUGGCGCGAUAUGGCGACAUAAGCUCGCUUCCUUCGCAACAAGUACUUGCCCCGCCUAAGAUUGGCGAGGAGUUAGAAUGCCCCACACCUGGUGGUCGACUUGUACGCGUUAAUGUAGUAGCGGUACAGCCACUAGCUGAAGGCGAAGAAGUUUCUCCAGAUCGUACUGUUUUCUUUCGGGUCGAUGGUAAACAUCGACAGGCCACAGUCCGAGACUUAUCGGUCCAAAUUGGAUCAAAGCGUCGGCAAGCUAAUCCUAGUAUAUCGUCCCAAAUGGGCUCUCCGUUUUCUGGGAUCGUGUCGAAGGUUCUCAAAGAAGAGGGAAGUCAAGUCUCACAGGGUGAUGUGAUAUUGUCUAUCAGCGCAAUGAAAAUGAUUAUUAACGUCAGCGCUCCGUCUGACGGUUUCUUGCGUAACUUGGACGUAGAGGCCGGCGGCUCUGUCGAAAAGGGAGACUUACUGUUUGAAAUACUUAGCUCAUAG